AUGCAAAAUUUUCAAAAUUAUUCAUUAUCUUCCAGUAAUGGAAGAUAUAUUGUUAUUGAUAAUAAACAAAGUUUUCCUCGUUAUGCUUCCAAUGAUUCUGGUGUUAGUUUUGGUGAUAGCGAUAAUGAAAGUAUUAUUUCCGAUGAAUAUGAAUUUAAUAAUGAACAAAAUUCUUCGGCUUCAACAAUAACAAUUACUAAUGAUGCUCAUCUAGCAUCAACUAUACAUGAUGAUGAUAAAAAAUUCUUUUGUGAAAAUACAGCUUGGGCUUGGCAUGGCGAAUUUGGUCGAUUAAUCAUGGCUACAGCUAUGACAUAUAAUAUUGACUAUCGUCUUAUGCUUUAUGAUGCCCGUUCAAAAUGUCCUCGUGCAUUAGAUGCACAAUAUUCCAUGAUACAAUUAGAUAAUGCUAAAGCCCAAUUUAAAUGUGAAAAAUGUGAACAUUGUUGGACAUCAAUGCGAGCUCGUUGUUCAUUUUAUAUUUCGAAACCAAAUGAAGGUGGAAUUAUUCUAUUAAAACUUUUCACACAACAAUGUGAAAAUUGUUAUUCAAUUGUACAUCCAUUAUGGUAUUAUGAUGAAAUUUGUCGUGUUAUGAAAAAUUUAGCAUAUACUAUUUUUGAAAAAUUUUUUCCUGAUUCAUUUCAUUCGAUCUAUUGGGAUUUAACACAUAAUGGAAUAAGACCAAUUCGACGUUUAUUACAACGAAAAGGUAAUAUGCGUGGUCAACAUAAUCCUUCUUUAUGUGAAGCAUGCCAUCUUGGUGUUUGUUAUUAA